GCGGCAACCCCUAUCUCUCUUUCUAUAAAAAACCUUGUAAUUUCUCGCUCUUCCUUUCAACUCCAAAUUCCAACGGAUAUCCACUUCCUCUUCUUCUCUUCCCAUUUCCCUUCCAAUCUCCUAAUUUCUCUUCAGCUUCUGGGUUCUCCAUUUUCCUUCGUCUUCUGCAUCUGCAUUCCGUAGAUUCAGUUCUCGUCGGAAAAUGGACGUUCGCCGAAGACCCAUUCCUCCCUCCGGCGAUCGCCGACAAACCCAGAAGCUGAAGAACACCGCCACCACCGAUUCGCAGACUCUUCUGCCUCUCUACCUCACCAACGCCCUCUUCUUCGCGGUGUUCUUCUCCGUGGCCUACUUCCUCCUCCACCGCUGGCGCGAGAAGAUCCGCACCGCCACUCCCCUCCACGCCGUCACCCCCGCCGAGACCGCCGCCAUCGUCUCCCUCGUCGCCUCCGCCGUCUAUCUCCUCGGCUUCUUCGGCGUCGCCUCCCGCGCCUCCCUCGACGAGCUCUCCGACGACGAGAUCAUCCUCAAGGAAGACUCCCGCGCCCCGGGCCCGUGCGCCGCGGCGCUGUCGGACUCCUGCUCACUCCCCAACAACAAAAUCCAAGACCAAUUCCCUCUGCCACCCAGGGCUGUCCACAGUUUGGCGAAGGAAAAACAACAUAUUCCUUCGCCACCACAAGUGGACAGUCCUGUCUCUGUCUCAGUCUCGGUCUCUUCCUCCUCGGACGACGAGGACGAGGAGAUCGUGCAAGCCGUAGUGUCGGGCUCCAUCCCGUCCUACUCACUCGAGUCGCGGCUCGGUGACACCCGUCGGGCCGCCACCAUCCGCCACGAGGUGGUGCAGAGACUGACUUCCCGAUCCCUGUCAGGUUUACCUCUGGAAGGUUUCAACUACGACUCGAUAUUGGGGCAGUGCUGCGAGAUGCCGAUAGGGUUCGUGCAGAUCCCCGUGGGAGUAGCGGGGCCAUUAUUGUUGGAUGGAAAAGAAUUCACCGUGCCCAUGGCCACCACUGAAGGGUGUCUGGUUGCGAGCACCAACAGAGGUUGCAAAGCUAUAUACGUCUCCGGUGGGGCCUCCUCGGUGUUGCUUAGGGAUGGUAUGACCAGAGCACCCGUUGUUCGGUUUCCCUCCGCCCAGCGCGCCGCGCAGUUGAAAUUCUUCUUGGAGGAUCCUCUCAACUUCGAUUCUCUUGCUGUCGUUUUCAAUAAGUCAAGCAGAUUUGCCAGGUUGCAGAAUAUUCAGUGUGCUAUUGCGGGCAAGAAUUUGUACAUGAGAUUCCGAUGCAGCACUGGUGAUGCAAUGGGGAUGAACAUGGUGUCAAAAGGUGUUCAAAAUGUCCUUGAUUUUCUUCAGAGUGACUUCCCUGACAUGGAUGUUAUUGGAAUUUCUGGAAAUUUCUGUUCGGACAAGAAAGCUGCAGCCGUGAAUUGGAUUGAAGGGCGUGGCAAGUCUGUGGUGUGUGAGGCCAUAAUUAAGGAGGAUGUGGUGAAGAAGGUGUUGAAGACCAGUGUGGAGGCCAUGGUCAAGCUUAACAUGCUCAAAAACCUUACGGGUUCAGCCAUGGCUGGUGCUCUUGGUGGGUUCAAUGCUCAUGCUAGCAAUAUUGUGUCUGCUAUCUACAUUGCCACUGGUCAGGAUCCUGCCCAGAAUGUGGAGAGUUCUCACUGCAUCACCAUGAUGGAAGCUAUCAAUGAUGGCAAGGACCUUCAUGUUUCCGUGACCAUGCCCUCCAUUGAGGUUGGUACUGUUGGAGGUGGCACACAACUCGCAUCUCAGUCAGCAUGUCUUAAUUUACUUGGUGUCAAGGGUGCCAACAAAGAAUCUCCGGGUGCAAAUUCUAGGCUACUGGCCACCAUUGUAGCCGGUUCAGUCCUCGCCGGGGAGCUAUCGCUCAUGUCUGCUAUUGCAGCUGGACAACUUGUUAAGAGCCACAUGAAAUACAACAGAUCUAGCAGGGAUAUAUCUACAAUUGUCCAAUGAACUGGCCACAGUACACUUAAACUUGUGUCAGAGACUAAUAUUCUAAUAAGCAAACCAUCAGAUAAAGACAUAAAUAACGAGAAAAAAAUUGGUAUUGAUGAUGGUGGGGGUAAAAGAUAAAGUGAUGGUUGGCAUCUUCCAUGGGCAAAUCCAGCUCCCCAGAAGCGUGGGGUUGGUUGGCAUUCAUUGAAUAUCUGCUUCGUGUGAGGCAUUUUCUCUUAUGGAGAUUGUACAGAGGUACUUGAAUUAGAGGGUGGAGGUAAACAGGAGCCACACUUUUGGGAUUAGAGUUUCUCUUUGUUUUCCAAAAAAAAAAAAAAAAAUCAUUUUGUGUUGUGUGUUAUCCUCUUGUUUAAGGCUACUGCUUCAAUAAUGUGGUACUUUAGAGGGCAGUGUUUUUACGUGUUGUAAUCUCCAUCUUGUUGAUUUGUAAUUGUAGCUAGAGAUGUCUCCAAUUAGGAUGUAGAGUUGUUAAUAAUAACAGUCUCUGGUUGCUCAACAUUUUUCCUUCGUCUCUAAUUACGUCUUUUUGGCGGUUGGUA